AUGGCGCCAUCCUCCAUCCCCGCUAUUAUCCGCCAUCCAUUCGUAGAGACCUUUAAUUGGCUCUAUUGGGUUCUUCAAUUGGUGUUGAGCUAUGUUUUUGCACCUGUACCUCCGCCUCCGGCCAGCAACCAGGAUACUCAAAAGAGAGUAGCCGUGAUUGGUGCUGGGUUGACUGGCGUUUCCUCCGCCGCCCAUUGCGUUGGCCACGGUUUUGAUGUCCAAAUAUUUGAGUCUCGGUCCCAAGAUAAAGGUCUAGGCGGAAUUUGGAGUAGGGUCAAUUCGACAUCUGCACUCCAGGUCAAUAGCCUCAUGUACCGAUUCCACCCGUCUGUUCAAUACAACAGUACCUAUCCAACCCAGGCCCAGAUAAAAGAGCAGAUUGUCGCUUUAUGGAAACGAUAUGAUCUUGAGCGGCGAACCGUCUUUGACACUCGUGUCACAUCCGUCGAGAAAAACAAGAACGGCCAAUGGGUCAUCAAUGACGACGAAGAGAAGUACGGCGUAUUUGACGGCGUUGUCACGGCCGUGGGUGUCUGUGGAGACCCGCUGAUGCCUAAUUUACCUGAUCAACAAAAAUUCAAAGGCAACAUCUACCAUUCAUCGAAUCUUGACGGCAAAGAUGUCAAGGGCAAGAAGGUUCUCGUGGUUGGUGGUGGAGCUAGUGCUAUCGAGGCUCUAGAAUUUGCCGUCAAGUCCGGUGCCGCCGAGAUUGAUGUCCUUUCUAGAUCUGAUAAGUGGAUCAUUCCUCGGAACAUAUUGGUCCAGUCCUUACUCGCAUGCAACAUACUUGGCCAAGAAACUUCUCUCUCCUGGAUACCCGAAUGGCUCCUGCGAAAAUUCUUUUAUCGAGACCUCCAAGAUAUUGCCCCGGUCGAUGAUGGACUCUUCACCCAGACUCCUAUGGCCAACUCGGAGCUCUUUGACCAGAUCCGCCAGGGAAAGGCCCAAUGGCUACGUGGCGAUAUUGUUUCGCUCGAGGAGCAUGGCAUCGUAUUCAACCACCGAGCUCAAGGUGUGCCCAAGGGAGGCCCUGGCAAGGAGCGGUUGGUGGAAGGUGAUGUUAUUGUGAUGGCAACCGGAUUCAAACGCCCGUCGCUCAAUAUGCUACCAGACCGAAUCCUUGACGACGAAGAAUUCGGCCCACCAAACUGGUAUCUGCAAGUCUUCCCUCCCUACCCUGAAUACCUAUCCAUCGUCGGUACGAACAGCACCUAUGUUAAUGCAAUUGGGACGGUCGGAAACAUGCAUAUUGGUGUUUACACGAGAUUCUUCCUCAUGUUCUUGCUGGACCCACUUACUCGUCCAACUGAGCAGCAAAUGAAGACUUGGAUCGACUUUACGCGGUUCAUGAAACGAUUUGCGCCCACGAAAGCUUUUGACUUCUUCACUUAUGCUGAACUCAUCUAUUGGUAUGUUUUCGUGCUGGCUGUCAAUCCUUUUCGAUGGAAGUGGGCUUUCUUUGUUCUGUUCGGCAUUGGACGUGGUUUGCCGAUGAUGGUUGUUGAGAAAGAGCAUGAGUUCCGCAAGGCGUUGCAAAGGCAGCACAAAAAGGAUUGA